AUGGCCACCAUCAAGACCCCUGCAAUUGCCUGUGUAGGCGUAAUUGGUAGACAAAAUAACCCUCUCCACAUCUCCAUAUACCCCGCAGAAGGAGACAAGGAAGAACGAAGUAAACUCGACUUUUCUUUCAUGCUGUCGACUUGUCUGGAUAUUUUCGAGGCUCGUCUGCCGGAAAAGAAUGUCGGCCAAGAAUUUGGCCUCCUCCAAGCCAUCGACGAACGCCUGGCCAUGUACGGCUGGCUCACAAACACUGGGGUGAAGCUCGUCAUCAUAGUAGAUAUGGAGGGUCGUCAAUCUCCUGCCAACGAUUCUAGGACUCCUCCUGUUCUGGGCUUGAAGAACUCUGAUCUUACUCCCGCUUUCCACGCGUUGCAAAAGGCAUACAUCAACUUGUUGAGAAACCCCUUCUACACGCCAGAGGAACAUUCUCCCAAUAACGCGAAUGCACAUCAACCCGCGACUUCUACUCAAAUCACCAGCCGGAAUUUCAUCAACGAAGUCAAUCGUAUCGGCCGUGUCUGGGCACCGGCUGUCGCCUCUCGCUGAAACAGUCCAUGACUUGGUUCUGGAUUGCAUUGAGGCAUGCGGAUCAGGCCCAAGAGCAGCGAAAGACGCCCAGACUUCAUGCUGAGCUGGAUUUUGUCCGGC